AUGGCAGAAAGCAUAAAAACCUGGUCAUUUACGUUUGUUGUUUGGAAAAUGAUCUCAAAAGAUAUUCUUCGCAUUUUUGCUAUGGCUGAUUUUCCUACCUUACUGUUCUGCAUCACAUCUAGCCUUGGCCAAAACGAAAAACGUCUAACUCAGCAGCAGUUUGAGCAAUACCAUAACAUGUACCGGAAAAUGUUGGUUGAAGGUUCCGUCCCAGAUCAAUCCAAAGCAAAAUAUAUGCCCAAUUUGAUUUCUGACGGGCGACUGGUCAAAGACGCCAGAAAUUGGGCAACAAGAUGUGUGUUCAAGCAUGACGACAGCUCAAAGGAUGGUGAAAAUCUAGCAGCCUCAAGCAGUCUUUCUGUGAAUCCAGUGACGCUAUGGUUUGAAGAACACAAGUUAUACAAGUUUGGGAAGGUAACCGACAAAAAUGUUCAGGAAACUGGUCACUAUACUCAGCUUGUUUGGGAAAAAACAACGCACCUGGGAUGCCAUCAACAAUUGUGCAAACCUCUGAAAGAUGGAACAGGAAAUAAAAUUGGAACGAUGUACUUUCUGUCGAUACUCCCCAAGCGGAAACUAUCUGGAUCAAGAACCGUAUCAAAGGGCGUGACGAUCUUGUCCACGGUGGCCUUGGCAAUUU